UUGAAUGUGUCGGGUUUUUUUUUUUUAAUUUUUUGAUUUGUCUCCUCCGGCAUUUGCCGUUUCGAUCAUAGUAAUCAUCAGUGGUGUUGAUUACUUGAUUGGAUUGGAGUUAAUCUGGACUAAUUAAAAAUCCCAUGUGGAAAAAAAAGAAGAAAACAAGGGAAAAAAUUAAAAUGGUGAUACAUAUGUGUGUUUGUUUUGGAAAUGGAGGUUUAAACUUUAAAGAAUGAAUCUUUAGGGGUGGGGUGGUGGAGGGGGUACUUGGGGUUUGAUCUGUGAUGAUCAUUCUUGAUUAGGAUGGAGCUUUAAUUCAAUUAGCAUUUAUUCGUAGGAUGGAGGACUCACUGGACAGAGAAUUUUCUUUUGGUGGAAAGCAUGCAAGUUUAGCUGGCAGCAAUUUUCCGUUAGCAAGAGGAAUCUCUAAUUGGCCUCAUGACAAAGAUGCCAUAGCACUGCGUGUAGGAUAUGUGAAGCCUGAAAUAAUUAGUUGGAAACCAAGAAUUGUAUUAUUUCACAACUUCUUAAGUGCGGAGGAAUGUGAUUAUCUUAGAUCGAUUGCCAUUCCUCGCCUUCAUGUUUCCACUGUUGUAGAUGCAAAAACUGGGAAGGGAGUUAAGAGUGAUGUCAGAACAAGUUCUGGUAUGUUUCUGAACCCUGAUGAGAGGAAGUAUCCCAUGAUACAGGCAAUUGAAAAACGAAUUUCUGUGUAUUCUCAAAUACCAGUAGAAAAUGGGGAACUCAUUCAAGUGUUAAGGUAUGAAAAGAAUCAGUUCUAUAGAGCCCAUCAUGACUAUUUCUCUGAUAGUUUUAAUGUAAAGCGUGGAGGUCAAAGAAUUGCUACAAUGCUCAUGUAUUUGAGUGACAAUGUGGAGGGGGGAGAAACAUACUUUCCUAUGGCUGGCACUGGUGAAUGUAGCUGUGGCGGCAAAAUGAUCCAAGGGUUAUGUGUAAAACCUACGAAAGGAGAUGCUGUUCUUUUUUGGAGUAUGGGGCUUGAUGGACAAUCUGACCCUGAUAGUCUACAUGGAGGAUGUGAAGUACUCUCAGGAGAGAAAUGGUCAGCUACUAAAUGGAUGAGGCAAAGAACUGUAUCCUAAAUUGCUCAUACAUCUUUUUUUUUUUGUUCCAUCUAUAUUGUAUCUUGAUAGGAAAAAAAGAGGAGUUACAUGACUUUUGUAAAAUUAGCAACACAUGUUGUAUUGUGAAAAAAUGUUGCCAUAUAUAGAGUUUACUCAUUUAAAAAACUUUGGGUCAUGGGCAGGUAUGCUCUUA